AGGGGAGUGUCGAGCGUGGCCGCCGGCUGAGGGAAUUCAAAUCAUAUACGUAAGGCGGGCGCUUCGUACUCUUUCUUUCUCUCUCUCUCUCUCUCUCUCUGAGGAAGCAUCGAAUGGGAGUAGUUCGUCAAUGUGCAUUGUGAGGAAAGCUCGAACUUGCGUCUAACACAUGAGGCCAUUGGAUUGUGUGGACACCCCAGUCGGGUCCUCCACGUGUGAGGUCGUCGACAGGGACGUCGGGACGAGUCGGGCGCCUCAAGAGUUCGGGGGUCAGUUGAAAGAGGGGCGUGCGUCGACGUACGACUCUGUCCGCCGCGCAUUGUGGCCCAGACUCUAGCCUCUCGAAAGCCACGCUUCCAUACAGUCAGACGUGUGCCGCUGGAGGAAAUAGUCAUGGCGAGCGUCACUGAGCUUCUUUCGCUUGUGAACACCGCCCGCCGGGCGGCCGAGGGAGAGCAUCCCGAAUUAGUGCAGCAGGUCCAGAGCUAUUUGAAAGACGUGGGCCGCACGCACUUGGAGGCGGCCCGGGUUCCAGCGGAGGGCGUCGGCGAGAACAACCUUGAGCGGCUGGCUGAGCACCUCCUCGCGUUAGAGACGUUGGAAGCCGCGGGGAAGAGACAGGGUGGCCCAGCGUCUGGCUCCAAUAGCGAUAAUCGUGAGUCUGCCACGGUCGUCGAGGACCCAGUGAUCCGCGAGGGUGGCAUCAUCAUCACGCUCGCGGGCAACAUGCCGCCAAUGACCCGGAAGUCUGUCCGUCCCUGGGUUGAGUCGCAGGCCCCGCAGAAUUUGCUUUCUCGCUUGACCAAGACGAUUGCGGUGCCAGGGGGCAAGAAGGUCCGGCAAGAUUUCGAGAACGUGACGGAGUCCGAAUUAGAAGCCCUGAAGGCUGCGUUCGCGCAGAGCGGCACGGUUGCGCGGGCCCCCCCCGAGGAGUUCGCAAAGCGGAAGGCGUACGAGACCGAGCAUGGCGCCAACAAGCGCUCUCGAGCUUCUGCGGUGGGCAACCUGGGCCGCACGCUCGACGUCGUGGAGUCGGUCUCGAACAGUGGGGACCAUGAGUUCAUGAGGCUCGCGAUGUCUGCGGUUGUGACUUCGCAGCGGGUCGCGGCGCAUGGGUUGCGCGAGUUGGCUGAGGACCCUCUCGCGCGGAACAGGGACAAUGAGGACAUGUGAGUCGUGGCGUUUGGAAAAGGGAACGAGGAGAGACACGGGCUCCCCUGCCGACAGCGGUGGCGUACGAGCCCUGCAUGUACAGCUGGUGGCGCGCGUUCUGCACCCAGUUCUGAUCGCUGCUCGGGCGGCGAGGUUCUCGGCGGGACCGCCGCUGUCUCACCUUCCAUCGUAUUCCAUUAGUUUUUUUGUCCGCGUGCUGCCUGCUUAACGUGAUUGGCGCUUCAGUUCCGCUUCCUUUUGCGUCGUUGCUGCCGGCUUGCAUGUCGCAUCGCACGUGUGAGUAUUUGCGUGCGCGUGUGUCAGCGCAUGGGUCUGCACAGCUACGCGUGUGUAGUCCUCGUGCAUUUGCUUCGUCGAUCGGUCCUUUUUCGAGUGCUUACUCUGCAACCACAUAUAUACGUGCAUACAUAUGUAUGUGUGUGUAUGUAUAUACAUACACGUGAGUAUAUCAUGGGGCUGUCGCUGUUUCCCGCGCUGUCAUGACUUCUCUCUUCGUCUCGCUCUUUGUGUUCCCUUGUAUCCCGUCCGCUCGACGCCGAGGUUGCUUGCCUCAGGAGCGCGCGCGCUUCUGUAUUGUUGCAGCCCUGGGGACUGUGAGGCCAACGUGCUUCCAGUCGUGUGCCGCGCGCUGCUUCGUUUGGUAUCAUCCAGCGUGGAUUUCUCUGCCGUUGCCAGGUCGGGUCGCCAAAGAGUCGAACGCGUCGGAGACCACCGAUCCUCGAAUCUCGAGGAGCGGAGGAGAAGGAG